GUUCAUGGUGUUACACAGGAAGUCAUAGAGAAGUGGACGGCUUGAGUGUUGAUGUUGGUCAGUUUGUAGACAGUCUAUCAAUUAUUGGUAUUACAUUUUUUUCAAACGUGUUUUAUGAUCUAUAUCCAACAUGCUGAUUAAAGUAAAGACCCUCACAGGAAAAGAGAUAGAGAUCGAUAUCGAGCCCACAGACAAGGUGGAGCGAAUUAAAGAGAGGGUAGAGGAAAAGGAGGGCAUCCCACCACAGCAACAGAGACUUAUCUACAGUGGAAAACAGAUGAACGACGAGAAGACGGCAGCGGACUACAAGAUCCAAGGAGGCUCGGUGCUCCAUCUGGUCCUGGCGCUAAGAGGAGGGCUGCUGCUCCCCGUGCCCAGGAAAAACCUCACUCCUUAGGGGUCCCGCUCUGUGCCUGUCUGCCCCCCAUCCCCCAGACAGGUGGUGCGGUAUCCAUCACAGUCCGACCCCGGGCCUUCCCAUUACACCAUUCGGAAUUCCGGUGCUCUCCCGGCUGAUGAAAAAGCAACAGUUUUAAAACAGGUUUAAAAACUUUAAGAAAACAAAUGGACUUUGCUUGCUCAUGUGUAGAUGUUCAAUCUGUAACCCACCCAUGCGUUUGAAGUCCUCUGAUGAGCGCACCUGCUCCGUGCAAAAUGACAAGAGCAAGUUUGACACCUGUGGUUAUGUUUGAUUAAAUGGUUCACUUGA